CAAAUUACAAUUGCAUGCGGAGAAGACAUUGAGUGUUAAAGAAUGAAAAUAGGAAAGGUUGGUAAUCACUGUUGGAAGGAGGAGGAGGAGGAGGAGGAGGAGGGGUACUGCCUGAGCUGGAGGAUGGCGGUAGAGAUGAACAAUGCGGGGCCGUGGAGGAGGGUGCCGGAGCGGUGCUACAGGCACGUGGAGAGGUACAUGAUGGAUGGGCAGUACCGGCGGGACGUGGAGAUGAUAAAAGAGCAGAUAUUGGAAUACGUGAAGGGGAUAGAGGUGAGAGCGGGAGGCAAGGACGGGUGGGUCAUGGAUGUGGACGACACCUGCAUCUCCAACCUCGCCUAUUACAAAGACCAUGCUUUUGGCUGUGAGGCCUUUGAUUCCGCCCAGUUCAAGCAGUGGAUCACGAAGGCCCAGUGCGAGGCCAUCCAGCCCAUGCUGCUGCUGUUCCGGCAGCUGCUAGGCCGGGGAUUCAAGGUCUUCCUCAUCACCGGCAGAGAUCACGCCCGCAUGGCCCACAUCACCUCUCUCAACUUGCAGCGCCAAGGUUUCAUUGGCUACCACCGCCUUCUCUGUAGGGGUGAGGAACACAAGGGGGAAAGUGCGGCAAAAUACAAGUCAGAGAUGAGGAGGAAGAUAGAAGGAGAAGGAUAUAAGAUAUGGGGCAACGUGGGAGACCAAUGGAGUGAUCUGCAGGGUUGCUCUGCCGGCCAUCGUACUUUCAAACUCCCCAAUCCCAUGUAUUGCAUCCCUUAAAUCUUCAACCAACAACUAAUUCCCUUCUUUACCGUCCUUCAAUUUUAACUGAGACUCACAUGGGAUCCAUCGCCUUCUUUGACAUGGCAUGCAUGCAUCCGCCUUAUACAUGUCGUGAACAAGUGUUUGUAAAACCAAGACUAGUACUGUGAUUUUGGCGUAUCUCGCUAUUAAGAACCUUC